AAUGAUAAUCGGUCUCAUUCCAUCACUAGAAGAAAAUAGAAAUCAAAAUAAUGAAGUGAUUUCCAUAAGAAAAACGCGAAUUUGCUGGAAAAACAAAUAGCAUUUGCUGGCUCUCGAGUGCCGCGGCUAACGGGAAAACGCUGCGCAAUUGCGGAAUAAAAGAUAACUUUUCGCAAACUCGCUGGCAAACAAAGACUGAGCAGCAGUGGCAGGAGGAAAGCAAGCAAAGACAAAAGCAAAGUCAACGCAAAGACAAGCGCAAGGGAACAACAGCGAGGGAUUUUUUGGAGGCUGCUUGGGGCGACAUUAAAAAAAAAAAAGACAAAACAUACACCAUUGAGGCACCAGUGGCUGAGCAUAAAAACAGCAGCUCGAAGAUGAGCUGCAAGGUGCGGCUGAUGGAGGAUGGCUCGCUGGACGAGGAGCCGCUGACCCUCAAAGAGAUUGCCUACCAGAAGCUGUGCAACAACCUCGACAUAAUCAGCAGCCUUUGCCCCGAAGGCCAAAGAUGCCUUAAUCCCGGCAUCGUCCUGCCCAACGAGAUAUGCGAUGGAUUCCUUGAGAACUACCAGCGGUUCAAUCGCCCCCUGGACGACAGCGUCAUCAGUCUCUUUAGGGACACACAGCGUACUUCGCUCAAGAUCGUCAAUUUGCGCAACAGCACGCUAAGCAGUACCGGUCUGGAGACCCUGAUGCGACACAAGCUUUUCGCCCUGUCCAUGUGGUACUGCGAUAUGAUAACCGUGGGAUCUCACCACCUGCUGGCCCACUACGGCGACAGCCUGCGCUCCCUGGAGCUGGGGAUCAGCUCGCAUCUGCUGCAGUACGCCGAGCCCAAGGAGAAGGACCCGGUGGACUUUCAGCUCACCUGCCCCCACCUGCGGCGGUUAGUGCUCAACGGUGUGGUGAUGCACCAUCGGCUGCAGUUCGCCCACCUGCACGACUUGGGCCAUCUGGAUCUAACCUCCUGCGUGUUGGCCAACUUCAGCCUGGAGGCACUGGUGUCGCUGCCCAAUCUGCACACUCUAAUUCUGUUUAAUGUGUGGCCAAUUGCCAAUCAGCUGCAUGCGAUAUGCUGUCUGAGGCGUCUGUGUACGCUGGACAUAUCCAUCUCCAGUUCUGGAAAUGGUCAUGGCACAUAUGAUCUGCCUGAUCAAACGCUGGAGAUGCUCAUGGAUAAUCUGCGGCACCUCACACAUUUGGAUAUCUCGGGAACGAAUUUGGCCGGCAAUGGAGUGGCCACCAAGGAGUCCACAAGCACCAGUGGCUCGCAGUCCAAUAUAAAGGUGGAGCAGCCAUUUUCCCUCACCGACAUCCCGGGAUUGGCUUCCCGUACCCAGCGACCGUUGCAGUUCCUUGGACUCUAUCACACGGCUCACUGGGCCUGCAAAAGACACGAUAUUCCAGCUCUCGAGGUGGCUGGAGAUGCCAAUGAGCAGCAAAUCCUCACCGCAGCACGGUAUUAUCACGACAGACCAGUGCUUUUGACAAGGGUACUCAACGAUCUGUACCAUCUGUUUCGGUUCGAGAACUGCAAGGACAUACACACAGCACUGGAUGUUGUACUCUCCGCAAUGGAUCGACAUCUUAGGUUCAAGCACAUGCAAAUAUCGGGCAGUGCCACACUAUUUUACAUAGUCAAGGGCAGAGAUCGCUCCAAGUUCGGAACGCAGCUGCGCAACCAUCUUAUUCGCACACUCCUCAAUGGCAUGGAGAUGCAUCUCACGGACGAUACUAUGCUCCGGAAUGGUUACCUCACACUUACCCAGUUUCAUAUGCCCGUCGAUGUGCUCUUUGAGUACGAGCGUCUCAUCAAAAUCUUGCUGCACGGCGUUUCCAAGACGGAGCAGGAAGGAUUUGUUCAGCGCAUAGCCAUCUAUCUGUUGAACACGCUCGCUUGCCAGGUGGAUGGUCGACAAAAGCUCUUCCUGGGCGAAUUGGGUGUCGUUAGUACAAUGCUGACGCUGAUCAAGGAUCGCCUGACUCGCUCCGUCUUCGACGAUGUGAUGGAGGUGGCCUGGUCCACCAUGUGGAACGUAACCGAUGAGACUGCUAUUAAUUGUAAGAGAUUCCUCGAUGGUCGCGGAAUGGAAUACUUCCUCAAGUGUUUACACACUUUUCCCGAUCGCGACGAGCUGCUGCGAAAUAUGAUGGGACUGCUGGGCAACGUGGCCGAGGUAAAGUGGCUGCGACCCAAGUUGAUGACUCAGGAAUUCAUCGAGGUUUUCGCCCGCCUGCUGGACUCCCUGAGUGAUGGCAUCGAGGUGGGUGGUGCUAGUGCGAAUUUGAUGGCGAGAGUGCGGGAGAGAGAGAUGGGCAGUGCUAACCAUGCUAACCUGCGCUUCCAGGUCAGCUACAAUGCGGCUGGAGUGCUGGCGCACAUCGCCUCCGAUGGAGCCGAUGCCUGGACCAUCAAGACGCCCAGCCGGGAGCACGUUUUGGAGCGCAUGGUGUCCGCUAUCCAGCGGUGGAACAUCAAGAGCGAGCGGAAUAUCAACUACCGGAGCUUUGAGCCGAUUCUAAGUCUGGUGCGCUGCUAUGAGACGCCACAGUGCCAACAUUGGGCAGUUUGGGCCCUGGCCAAUCUGACGCAGGUUUAUCCUGAGAAAUAUUGCCAGCUGGUGGAGCAGGAGAAUGGCAUUCAGAUCCUGAACGAGCUGAUCGAGCACGAGAGUCCCUACUGCGAGAUAAAGCGCAUUGCCCGCCUGGUUAUAGACCAGUGCGAUUCCGGAUCUGAUCGCAUGGUCGAGGGCUAAGAACAUGUGUAGAAUAUAAAAACUAGCUGUAGGAUUCGAGUUUGUUGUAAUGUUUUUUUUCCGCUUCCUCUGUUCCCCGUUUUAAGGCAAGUGCAAGUGUUAUAUUGUUCAAGAGAUUCCUUCCUUGCCUUUUAUGUUUAGUGCAAAAACAGCAGAUAGAUGCAAGUAUAAGCUACUCGAGAAAUAAGCAAAAAUAAUUGAUAAUUACAUAAUUGCUAGACGAUGUAUCACAUGUUGUAAGCCAGCGAUCUUUUUCGGCCGUCAGAAGUGUAAAUAUUGUUAAUACCGGAAAGAGAAGGAAACUAAUAGUGGAAGCAAGAUAGCUGGAGAUUUAAUAAAUCCUUGAAUUGAAUUCCUCCGGACCGAUCAUUUUUUCUCUGGCUGUUUAGAUGAAUGUCUUGAAUUUAACUUUGCGAUCUGUUCCUAGACUUGUGUUCAUUUUUCGAAGCCCACUCCUCACAUAUCUUAUCUUUUCGCGUCAUUCGCCUAAAUAGCUCCAAGUUAUGGAGGUUCGUUCUAUAAAAAAAACUAGAACCCUAGACUAGACCAUAAGUGCUGUAAAUAAUUGCAAGUAACAGUUUUAAAAGUUCUACGCUCGGCAUUAAUAAUAUUUAUAACAUUGUAUGUUAUUAUUAGUUACCUUAUACAUAUAUAUAUAUAUAAAUAAUUUGAUUUGUAAGCGUCAUCACGCCUGUGUCUUACACUUCCUUCGCCACCCAAUAUCACCUGAAAAGCCCCCUGGAAAACUCCUCCCAUAAUCGCACUGUUGUUAAAUUACAGUUGAACUUUCCUUUUGAUUAUUAACUUGGCUUUAACUAAGUUUGCUUAUAGUUUAAGAUCAAAUUGUGAGGGUAGCGUUCAUACACACCAUAUUUGAAACUAUUUUAUUCAUUUUUAAAUAUUCGAGUGGUUAAUCUUUAAAUAGCCGCUCUAAUUCAAACCAACCUCAGGAAAAUACUUAUAUUUGAAAUUUAAAAUAUUUUAAAAUCUUUGCGUAAUUAUACAAGUAAAAACUGUAUCCGUGUACUACAUUUUGGAAAAUAAAAAUUGUUGUAGGCUUAAGUAUAUUUACUUAUUUUUAGUAAAAAUAAUUGGAACAUGUAAUUUAAUUUUGAAACUGGAAAGUUCGACUGUAAUUAUUAAAACAUCACAAUUCAAUCGCAAUUUUGUAGCAUAGUGGGGAGUGUUUGGCAAGGAGAGCGUCUUCUUCAUAUGUAUGUGGUAUGUGUAAAUUUCAAUAAAGCUGCAUCUAUGUAAA